UAUAAUUUUGUUAUGCUCUCAAGGGCGUGGGGCAAGAUACAACGCCGCCACCUGCACUCUUUCUCUUCACAUUUUUUAUUUUUAUUUUCUCUUUUAAUAUUGUUUUAUUCUUUUUUUGCCAAAUGACGAACACUAGCGAAUUCACCAACGCGAGCCAGGACACCGCCGCUCUGGUUGAUGCUAUCCCCCACUUUGCCUUCGAUGUCAAGCACGACUCGUUGUUCGACGACUCCAAGCUGCUCCUGACAAAAGUAUUCCCUGAAUGGUCCGCCGACGAGCUGACCUUUAACCAAUGCAAGGAUGGAAUUACCAACAAACUGAUUCAGUGCACAAACAAGAGCAAGGAUAUCACUGUACUUAUUCGCGCCUACGGCAAACACACUGAAGUCAUCAUUGACCGCAGCCAGGAGCUCAUUAACAUGGCUGGGUUGACCCGUCUUGGCAUGUGCCCGCCAUUGUACGCCCGGUUUAACAACGGCCUGGUCUACGGCUUCAUCCCAGGAACUGUCGCGAAGCCCGAGGAAAUGGGCAAUGAUCUGUGGGCGCCGCUUAUUGCCAGAAAGCUCGCCGAAUGGGGCCAGGUGCAGCUCCCAGGCGACCACUCCCCACAGCUCUUCCCCAUCAUCCGCCGGUGGAUGAAUGACAUCCCGGCCAAUUACGCCAGCGAGCGCGACAAUGCAAUUUUCCACAAGCAUUUCAAAAUCCAAGACCUCAUUGCCGAAUGCGAUCAGCUCGACGCUAUUCUGACCAAGCUCGAUUCCCCAGUGGUGUUCUCCCACAACGAUCUCUUGUCUGGAAACGUCAUCAUGGCCGAGUCUAAAGACGAGGUGUUCUUUAUUGACUAUGAGUACGCUAUGUACAAUUACCGCGGCUUUGAUAUUGCCAAUCAUUUCAACGAGUAUGCUGGUUUUGAGUGCGACUAUGGCAGGUAUCCGGGGAAGGAGGCACAGCUUGCGUGGUUCAAGACGUAUUUGGACCAUAUUGCGUUGGAUUCAGGUUCUGGUGCGCUGGAGGCGAUGUACACGGAGGUCAGUCUUUUCCAGCUGGCGUCGCACUUUUAUUGGGGUAUUUGGGCGCUGGUUCAGGCCGAUAUCUCGGACAUUGACUUUGACUACAUGGAUUACGCCAGGCUGAGGUUUGAGCAGUACUACAGGGUCAAGACGCGGGUGCUGGUAUGAUAUUAUUUUACUUGCACUUUAUAUUUGUUAGAUUUUUUCAAUUGCAUAUUAUAUUACAAACACGAGAUAUGCGCAAUUGUCAUAAUUAUAA